AUGGCUGCACCCACCCCACUGCCCCCCAGCCUGCGCCGGGGCUUGGUGGCCUUCAGUGGCUCCCUCUUCAUCAACAACAAGACGUGGGAUAGUGGCACCGCCCACACCUACCAGCCAGCUCACGAGGUGUUGUCCAGCCUGCCCCUCCAGGUGAUGCUCUACUUCAACGUCUACUACUUCCCAGUCUGGUGCCUGGCUGAGGGGAUUAUUCUGCACCUGAAGUACCACCUGCUGCCUUGGCACUACCAGUUCCUGCUGGUCACAGCCUUCCUAAUCCUCUCACUGGCUGAGGGCUCCCGCCUCUACCUGGGCUACCUGGGGAACCUCCAGGAGAAGGUGCCCGAGCUGGCUGGGUUCCUGCUCCUCUCCUUCCUGAUCCAGCUGCCCCUCCUGCUCUUCCUGCUGACAGACAGCCAGGUCAUCCACUUGCCGCUGGAGGUGCCCAUGCACAGCUUGUUCCUGGUCUUCCUCCUCCUUGAGAUGGUGGCUGCCUUCCUGGCGCUGAGGAUCAUGACCAAGCAGCUGGCGGCACAGUUUUACCUGCGGCAGUUCCUGGAGGGUGGGGGGGAGCGGCUGGAGCUGGGGGGCACAAGGGGACAGGCAGCGGAGAUGGCGUGGGGGCUUCUGAGAAUCCAGGUGGCCCACAUGAAGCCAUCCUAG